CCUCGCCGCGGGGAGCCCCCGGUGUCAGGGGACAGCGCCGGCUGCUCCCCGGGAGCCAGCAGGGUCCUGAUGCGGGCGCCCCGCGGGGUGCGCGCCCUGGAGGAGUCCCUGGAGCGGUACCAGAGGCGCCUCCGAGAACGUGCCAGUGAAAGCAUCUCUCAACUGAAACAAGUCAUGGCAAGAGGUGAUGAUGGCACUGGAUUUGACCAGUCCUCUGUGGAUGAGGGCAGUGACAAUGCAGACAGGGCCAGUGAUGACUGUGGGAAUGCAGCCAGUCAGGAGCUGCAGCACAGUCAAGCAGUUAACCAACUUAAAAUUUUGUUGCAAUACCAAGAAAGAAUGGAAAGUGAAGAGUCUCCCUCAAGAAGGAAGAAGUCAUUCCAUAAACCCCCAGAAGCUGUACCUGCAGACUUACCAGCCCUUUCUGAUCUUGUUCCUAUAAUUGAUGAUCAGUCACAGUACAUUAACCAUUUGGAAGCAGAAGUGAAGUUUUAUAAGGAGGAGUUGUGUGGGGUGAAAGAUCGAGAACAGGCAGUUUUACUUGAAAAUGUGGAGCUCCAUCAGAAGCUGAAAUUCUUAACUGCAGCAAAUACUCAGAACUCCUGGCCUGUAGGUGGUAAAGACUGUAGCACACACCAACCUGUCACCUCAUCAACGGCACAUAACAAAGAUCAGGCUUUUGUUACAGCAGCUUCUGGAGACAAAGCAAAAUGGCCUGUAGAACUGGAGAAUCUAAAACUUUUUUAUCAAGAAAAAGUCAAUAUCCUUGAUGCUCAAAUACAGUCUCUAAGAAAAGACCUUUCGGAAUCUCAGAAGACAUGCAAAGAUUUGGAAGGAAGGCUGAAACACCAGAAGUCGCUGUUUUCAGUCAGAAAUUGUAGCCAGGUUGGUGGUCUGUGCCUGAACUGUGCCCAGCACGAGGCUGUUCUUGCACAGACUCACUGUAACGUUCAUGUGCAGACCAUCGAGAGGCUGACAAGAGAAAGAGAUGACUUGAUGGAUGCACUUCUUUCAGUGAGACAAAGCAUGAAAGAGAUGCAGGAAAGAGAAUCUAAUGCUUGUAAGCAAGUUGAACAUGCUGUGCAAAUGGCAGAAGAGGCCAAUUUUGAAAAAACAAAGGCUCUCAUCCACUGUGAGCAACUGAAAAGUGAGAUGGAACGACAGAAGAAUUAUCUUGAAAAGGAGCUGGCUGCCCAGGCGAAUAAGAGGGCUGAUGAAAAAGAAGCACUGCGGCGAGAAAUGAAGAAGGAAAGGGAGGACUUGGCUGCAAUGGUGACAGCUUUGUCUAAGGAUGUGGCUGUUUUGGAGGCUCAACUAGAGAGAAUUACAAGGGAAAAGAAUUCUCUGGUUAGCCGGUUAGAAGAAUCACAGUGCCAGCUUGCAUCUCAUGAAAUGGAGAUGAAUAAAGUGUGUGGAGAAAUGCGCUAUCAGUUGAAUCAAACCAAAAUGAAGAAGGAUGAGGCAGAAAAGGAGCUCAGAGAGUACAGAACAAAAACUAUAAGGGAGCUUGAAAUUAAGGACCAGAAAAUAGAAAAACUGGGAUUAGAGCUGAAUGGAAACAAAAAGCAGUUGGAACAAGCCCAGCAGGAUGUGACUGGAGCCAGAGAGGAGUGCCUAAAACUGACAGAACUGCUGAGUAAAUCUGAGCACCAACUGCACCUCACCAGAUUGGAGAAAGAGAGCAUUCAGCACAGCAUUAGCAAUGAAGCAAAGGCCCGAGCCCUUCAGGCCCAGCAAAGAGAGCAGGAGCUGACACAGAAGAUGCAGCAAAUGGAGGCCCAGCAUGAGAAAACUGUAGAAGAACUGGAUUCAUUGCUGACCUCCCAGAAUACAUUCAUAGCAAAAUUAAAGGAAGAAUAUUUUGUGUUGGCAAGGAAGUUGGAACAAAUGUCAGAAAAAUACAGAUCUGAAGUCAACCAGCUUAGUCAGGAAAAAGAGUAUCUUCAUGGCAGAUUGGAGAAGAUGCAGAAACGGAAUGAUGAAUUGGACCAACAGUGUAUCCAGCAUGGGAGAAUGCAUGAGAGAAUGAAGUCAAGGUUACAGCAGCUUGACAAGCACUGCCAGGUCACUGCCCAGCAGUUAGUGGAGUUGCUCAACAAACAGAAUCAGCUCUUCAAAGAGAAGCACCUGCUUACAGAAGAAGUGCAGUUUCUGCGAACACAGGAAAAGAAAUGGGAUGCAGAUCUCAGACAGGACACAGAUGGAAUGAAGUAAAAACCUGGAUGGAUAAAGAAAAAUGAGAAGAAGUCUGCUCUGCACCUGGCUGAAACUUGUCUGAGGCUCACCCAAAGACACCUCUGCAGAAAACAGGCACACUUGCUAGUUAAUUUCAGCU